GUUAAAUUGCUCAAAGCAACAUAUAUUAGCUAUCUGGAUUUUAGUUAAUUGUCUUAUCUAAGAAUUAGUUUUAAAAAUUGUCUAUAAAGUAUUCCCAUUCAAGGGUAAGCAAAGGCAACAAAUAUUAAAGUCGUUGUGCAGAAAAAAUGAGUAGAAAUAAGAAUAAUGCAGAAUUACUCCCCGCCCCCAAAAAAGAUUGACUCCAAGCAGAAGUGUAUUUAAAUAAUUCAUUUUGUCCACCAUCAUUUUAAUCUCUACAUUAUAAACAGUUGAAAGGUUGCUGGUUAAUCUGUCAAAUUGCUGGAGGUUGGCACGGGUGCGGGGGGGUUUAGCGUUUUAACCUUCUUGUUCUCUUUCGUAUUUUUGCCUCCUUUAAGGAACAACCAGGAACAAAAAUCCGAUACGCAUCCAAACAAGUGCAGACGCGGGAGUUGGUGUUGCUGGAUCGCCCUCUUUAGCUGUACUUUAAAGCAGAUCUGGAGAGUGCCGCGAACGCCGUUCUUGGUCGCCUGCUUUGGGGAUCGGGCCAAGGCUUUCAGUCCAUCCACAUCUCUCCCAUCCCCCAGCUCUCUUCCCGGCUAAGGAACCCGACGCCGGGCUAGCCCGCUCGGAAGGUGCAGACGGAGCUUUUCCGCGUCGCCAGCUCUGCGAAGCUCUACGUGGCUCGGUAGCGCCGGUACCUCCGCAGCAGAAGGGCAGCCCGUCGGCCCGCUUCUUCUUGACAGGGCGCGCUCAGCUGCCUCUCUUCCCCACCCCACCCCCACAACCACCACCACCCACAGCUGUUUAUGCACAUGCCGCAGGAUCCUUCAUUUGCAUACCAAAAUUGCUUGCCAGCAAAGGUGGCCUCCGACGAGCCAGCCCAAGGGCUGACUUCGAUUGUUCGCGUGUUCAAACCAAUAAGGGCGAGAGACUAAGCUGUGGUUUGCAUUAGGAAUAAACAAAAGGGGACGAGUCGCAAGGAGGGUGUGUUGUUGUGGGGGGUGGGGGAAGGAAGGCGGAAAAGCCUCCGGGCUAGAUUGGGGCAGACCUCCAAGCCUUGCCCAAGGUAGAGGCAACGAGCGAGCGCCGACGAGGCUUCGGCUGUUCCUUUGUCUGCUCUUCAGCGAUCGUAUCUCCGGCCGCGUUUGCGGAGAGCCGAAGAGCGAGCGAGCGAGCGAGCGAGCGUCUUGGUUUGCUGAGAGAGGAUUUGAGCGGGAACUUAGGCGCGCGCCGAACUGGGUGCUGCUGCAGACGGACCCCUCAGUGCCACUUCCGACUUUAAGCCUUCCUGGGAAAGUCCUCGUUGGCUGUUUUCAAUUUCGCUCUGGAGACCCGAAGGCCCCCCGCCCUCCCCGCCCCUCCCGCCGCCGCCACCUCACUCACUCGCCUUUGCCUCACACAGACCCUUGGCAAGCACAGCCCGCGGCGGCGGCGGCGGCAGCAGAAGUCACCCUCACCCCGCUCCUCGCCCUAAACGCGAACUUGUCCUCCAGAGCGAGCGGCGCUUCUAGGCUGCGCUUGGAGUAGGUCGGGGGUUCCUGGUUUGUUUUCUCGUUCUUUUUCAACCAGCACAGGCUGUUGAGCUUUUAAGAAUAAAACGAUGUGAGCAGCACUGGUUGGUUCACGUGAAGGGAGUAUCUAACCCGAGUGGAUGCUGCAAAGCCGUUCGCUGUGUAAAAAUCCCAAGUCAGUUCAGAUGUUGCUGCUUCACCUUUUUGCAGGUCUAUGGAAAUGCAGGAUUUAGCCAGCCCACAUAGCCGUCUGAGUGCUGGCAGUGAGUCUCCUAAUGGUCCAAAACUUGAUAAUUCUCACCUAAAUAAUAAUUCCAUGACACCCAAUGGCACAGAAGGUGACAUGACUCUGCUCAGCACUGCAGACUGGUUGUUAAAUGUUAAUACACAGACCACUGCAGUUAAAACAGAGCCAAUGAGCAGCAGUGAAAUUGCUCCUACUACAACAGACGGGUCUUUAGAGAAUUUCUCAGGAUCAGCAGUUGGGAGCAGUGGCUUCAGCCCAAGACAAACUCACCCGUUUUCCCCACCUCAGAUAUAUCCUUCCAACAGACCAUAUCCACAUAUUCUCCCUACCCCUUCUUCGCAAACUAUGGCUGCAUAUGGGCAGACACAGUUUACCACCGGAAUGCAGCAAGCUUCUGCUUAUUCAACAUACCCACAGCCUGGUCAACACUAUGGAAUCCCAUCAUAUGGUGCAUUGUGGGCAGGCAUCAAGACAGAAGGUGGAUUGACACAAACACAGUCACCUGGUCAGACAGGUUUUCUGAGCUACAGUGCAAGCUUUAGCACUCCUCAACCAGGACAGGCUCCAUACAGUUACCAGAUGCAAGGAAGCAGUUUCACAACAUCAUCUGGAAUAUAUGCUGGAAAUAAUUCACUUACAAAUUCUACUGGAUUCAAUGGUUCGCAGCAGGAAUACCCAUCUUAUCCCACCUUUGGCCAGGGUCAAUAUGCACAGUAUUAUAAUAGUUCUCCAUAUCCCUCGCAUUAUAUGACAAGCAGCAACACCAGCCCAACAACUCCUUCCUCUAAUGCAACUUACCAACUUCAAGAACCACCAACUGGCAUCACAAAUCAAGCUAUAACAGAUCCUACAGCAGCAGAGUACAGUACAAUUCCUACAACACCAGUUAAAGAUUCAGAGGCAGAUAGGUUGCGUCGCAGCUCAGAUGGCAAAUCACGUGGCCGAGGCAGAAGGAAUAACAAUCCUUCACCACCACCUGACUCUGACCUUGAGAGAGUUUUCAUUUGGGAUUUGGAUGAGACAAUCAUCAUUUUCCAUUCACUUCUCACAGGAUCGUAUGCUAACAGAUAUGGGAGAGACCCCCCUACUUCUGUUUCACUGGGACUAAGGAUGGAGGAGAUGAUUUUCAACUUGGCAGAUACGCAUCUGUUCUUUAAUGAUUUAGAAGAGUGUGACCAAGUUCAUAUUGAUGAUGUUUCAUCAGAUGAUAAUGGCCAGGAUUUAAGCACCUAUAACUUCGGGACAGAUGGGUUCCCUGCAGCAGCUACCAGUGCUAAUCUAUGCUUAGCAACGGGGGUGCGUGGAGGAGUGGACUGGAUGAGAAAGCUAGCUUUCCGAUACAGACGAGUAAAAGAAAUCUAUAACACCUAUAAAAAUAACGUUGGAGGUCUUCUGGGCCCAGCAAAGAGGGAAGCUUGGUUGCAGCUUAGAGCAGAAAUUGAAGCCCUUACGGAUUCGUGGUUAACACUUGCACUGAAAGCACUCACACUAAUUCACUCUAGGACAAAUUGUGUCAAUAUUUUAGUAACAACUACUCAGCUUAUCCCAGCUCUUGCCAAAGUCUUGCUAUAUGGUCUGGGUGUGGUAUUUCCAAUAGAAAAUAUUUACAGUGCAACAAAAAUAGGAAAAGAAAGCUGUUUUGAGCGCAUAAUUCAAAGAUUUGGAAGAAAAGUAGUUUAUGUUGUCAUAGGAGAUGGUGUGGAAGAAGAACAAGGAUCAAAGAAGCAUGCCAUGCCAUUCUGGAGGAUCUCAAGUCACUCUGACCUUAUGGCGCUUCAUCAUGCCUUGGAACUGGAGUACUUAUAGUAGCACUUUGUAACUUCGGAACCUCCCUCACAUCCGUGGACGGUGUUCCUGAGUCUUGUUUCAGCACUGGCCUACAGAAUUUUGUGAUUUCAUCAUGUUGAUGUGCAGCUGCAGAUGGUCUUAACCCUUGCCCUUUCAAUAAAUGGAGGAGCACAUCUUUUUCUUCAGAAACAGCUGUUCUUUCUAGUACUGUGAAUCCAAUGAGAACAAGCCAUGAUGAGAAUGUUUUAGCAAUGUCUUCUUAUCACAUUCACUACAUGUAAAUGUUCAUACCUGUGAAGAGACUGAGAAAUGCUUUGAGAUUUCUAGAAUCUCCAAUAUGGUAUGAACACAUCUUAAAUACAGCAAACCUGAUUGCACAACUAAGACUGAACUUUAAAAAAAUGGACACAUUUUUAAAGGUUUACUUUUUUUCUUGCUUUUUUCUUCAGAUCCAGGGUACUCUGUAAAUCUUUACUUAUUUAUGAACAGAUUCUGUUUUGACAUCAUUUAAAUGUGGAUAUGUACAAUAUGUGGGAAGGCUCUAACUUGUCAUUGCCUUCUGCUCACAAAAAGAUUUUGGUUUUAGCACAUUGCAAAGUAGAAAUAUUUCUAAUUUAAGCAAAUAAGUACAUCACUGAGACAAUCGUGUACAGGAAGAAUGUUUUUGUGUAAAUUUCUAAUGGACAAUGUUUUACAUAUUGUUUAGGCAAAUAUUAUUGAAUCGUAGUAAUGGGUUUUUGGUGAAGAAUGAGGCAGUAUGUGCACAAACUAUUGUGCUGUGCCUUAUAAAAGAAUUGUGUAUAAUGUGUAAAUUGAAAUUUUUAAGAUCAGUUUGUCAAGACCAAAACCAUGGUUGUCAAGUGUCAAUGAGGAAUUACUUUUUAUUCAUUCUUUUAGUUUUUUUCUUUGCAAAUCUAUUAUAUCACAAUAUCAACUCCCUAAUUUUACCUUGCCUAUAAUAGGCUAUCCUCUCAUUUAUAUUUUGUACUUGAAUGUAUAAAUUCAAGUGUAAAAUAUACUUCAUUCAAAUCAGAUGAGAAAAAAUUGCAUGGUUAAAUUGUCACUUUUCUUUUAAAGUGCAUAUGGAGGCCUGAUUUGGCAUUGUUUAUGUGUACUUUGCCAAGAAAAGUAGCAGUUUACACAUGAACAUGUAUUCCUAACUGAAAUGAAGCACAUGUAUUAGUACUGCUUGCAAACUGAGCACAGUGUUCUGUUUCUUUAUUUGACUGGUUUGAAUCAUAAGCUGAACAGUUCCUGUCCAUGGAAGGAUGUUGAUACAAUAGAAGAAUCUUCCUAAUGGAUAAAAUCAAUUUUAUUGAUUAUUUGUCCCCCAGGAAUUCCCAAUACACGGCAAAGAAAUGGGAUAUGUUCCAGAACAGGAUUUUAGGAGAAAGGAGAUAGUGACAAAAUUGCCUCUCCCUACUUCUAUUUUUACUUUCAAGAGCAAUAUUACUGGAAUUCUGCCAAUGAAAAAAUAUUUGCAUUCAAGUCAUUGUCUUCUCGUGCAAAUAUUGAAUGUGGAAUCUAUUCUUUUUGUCAGAAAUAUAGAGAACUUUUUAAAAAGAUAACCUUGUGUAAUGUAUCAUGAUUUAAUAAAGUAAAAAAAUCACGUUUUUGCACUCAAAACCUAAAUAUGAAAUCUACCACCCUAUCUUAAAAUAAAACAGGGAAUGCUUUGGGGGAUUCUGUCAAUACAUACUGACUAUGAAAAUUAGUCUUGCUCUUAAAAAUAACCAAUUUGUUGGGGAAAAAAUACAUCCUUUAACAACCAUAUUCUAUAUAUCUUGCCAGUACCAAAUUCAGUGAGCUUAAUUCAAAAGUAAGCAUGUCAAUGAUUGCAGUCUCUCUCAUUAACACCUGCUAUGGAAAAGGCCAGGCACAGUGGGAGUUAAGAUUUUUAAUAUGGGUAAUUCAGAAACAGAAAUCCCAAAUCUUUUCUAACUUUACAUGUGUGCAAAUUAUGUCCCUAACUACAUAGUGUUUAUUUAAAAUAAGAAGCUAUAGCAUAGAUUGGAAAAAUGGCAAUGCAUAUUUUUUUAAGCAUUAAAAUGCAUAAAACCUGCAAGCAUUUUGAAAUGAUUUUGUUUGUAAACCCACAGUUUGAAAUGAAAUUAAGAAUGGUAAAUGUCUGCUAGAUCCUUAAUUUUGACCAUUUCACACUAACAAUCAGAUUUUUGUAUUGGUCCAUUGCUGGCAAUGGACACAGUAAAAUUGUUAUUACCAAUUUUGUUUUUAUUGUUUGUAGUUGUUUAAUUAAUUCUACCUUUUCUUACUAACCUGCAAUAAUCCUGACAGUUUUAUUUUGAGAUGACUUAUAUACUGUAAACCAGUGUGGCUUUCUUGGUCAGAGUGAAUAACAAAUGCAUCUUGUUUCGUCUUCAAAAAAUUAUUUCCCACUAUAUUAUACAAACACCAGUGUGUUUUUUAAUCAGGCUUAAAUCAUAUUUAAUCAGGAUUCUUAAGGGAAGAGAAAUUGGCACAGGUUGAGAAAAUAUAUGUAAUAUCCUCUGAGCAUCCAUGUUUUAACCAUGGCUAAACAAAGCCCUUAUUACACAAAAACCUGCCUGAAUCUACGCAUGAGUAUAAAUUCUUGUCCUAAGUUUUAAUACUGGGCACAGCUGGCUUAUCUAGAAAUACAUAUUUUAUUUAUAUUUUACCACUUUCUAGAUUUUUAUUUUUGUGGAAUAAACCAGUUUUUAAGCCAGCUAGUAGCAAAAGUAGCUUUUAGGCAAUAUGUGUAUCUCAUUCAGCCAAGAUCCAACCUGAACUUGUAAUUUGAUUUAAAAAUUCACAUUCAUAACCUGUAGGUUUAGCUGAAUAAAUCCAGAUAGGCGCCUGUGUAAAAGUUUGAUGAUUCUCUCUCAAUUUGAAUCAAAGCGUCACACAGCCUUAUUGGGGUAACUCCUCUUUUUGUGGGGGAUGCAUAUUGCUGCUGAAGUUUACAUUAUUUUGUGGCUUAUUUCAAACUAUUUGAUUGUAAAUAUAGGCCUUCAUCUUCAGUAACUUGAUCUACCAAAAACAAGCCAAUGCUAGGGCUACUUAAAGUCUGUGGUUAAGCAGGCAUGUAAGUCUUUUAAUUGCGAAGCUGGUUUUUGUUUUAGGCAAAAUGAGUUUUUUUUCCUGCCACCGCUCCCUUUUUUGGGGAAGGGGGUUAGUCUGUAUGCUGACUAAAAGUAUGUCUGGCCCUUGUACAAACAGUGUGUUGUGUCAACCAUUAUGUACAGAAACUUUCCUCCAUUCACUUUGCGUUUAAAUUAAUAAAAU